GAGCCGGGCGUGGGGGCUGCCAUGGCGGCGGCGGAGGGGCUGUUCUCGCUGGAGCUGUUGGUGGAGGCGGUGCGGGUAGCGGCGGCGCCGGGCCCCGCGCUGCGCCCGGUCGUGGCGCUGCGCCUCUUGGACUUCCCCACUCUCCUGCUGGGCCCCGCCGCCGCCGCGCCGCCCCUGCGGCCGGGGCGGGCCUUGCCCUUCGGCCGCGGCAAGCGCUGCCUCUUCCGCUGGUGCCGGGCCUCGCUCUGCGCUGCGCUGCGCCGCCGGCCGCUCCGCGCUCUGCUGCUGGCGCUGCCCGCCGAGCUCGCCCCGGGCUCCCCCCGCCUCCUCGGCAGCUGCGACGUCUCCCUGGCCCCCGCCGCUGCCGAGCUGCUGCGGCAGCCCGGGGUGCCCGCCUCUUGCGGCCGCCGGGGCCGCUUCCCGCUGCGGGACGCCGCGGGGCGACCCGUCGGGGAGCUGGUCCUGGGCUACCGCCUCACCAGCCUGGAGGCCGGGGAGGAGCCGCCCCCGCCGGGUCCCGCUAGCCCCCGCGCUGCCACGCCGCCUGCCAGCUCCCCUGAGCCGGGGGACGAGGAGGGAGAGGAGGAGGAUGAGGAGGAGGUUGAAGAGCUGGAGGGCAACAUUUUUUGCCCUCCCGUGCUCUAUUACAGCUGCAAGCCUGCUGAGUCUCAUCUGGUGCCAGCAGCAGCGGCUGCAGGGCAGUGGCAGCACGUUGAGGCCUGGAGACCGCAGGAGAAAGACAUGGGCCAGAACCCCCCACGUCCCAGUGCUGGGCCCUCCUUGCUGCACCCCGUCAGCCCUCGACAGCUCCACAACACUCUGGGGCAGCUGCCGCUGCUUAGUGCCUUGCUGGCAGAGCUGUCAGUGCUCACCCGUGAUGCUAUGCCUGCUGCUGUCCACCCCCAUCUUGCUUGGCUCCACCAGGCCCCUGGGAGCAGUGGCAUGGCCCCCCAGCCCCCCAGCUGCUCCUCUGCCCCCAGGCCUGCAGAGGCACUUGUGGGGCCUGGUGGGAGCAGUGGAGGUGCCAGCCCUCAAUUCAAGCAAGGUGGGCAGGAGGCCACCUCACCAGCAUCAUUUUGGGCUGGGAGAGGACUUAAGAAAGCUAUACCCCAAGGAGAGACAGGCUCUGAAGGGAACUGCAAAACUAAGGAAAACAAACCUCCCAGAAAGAAAUUGUUGUAUGGGCUGACAAAUACAUUGAGGCUACGGCUGCGGCAGACCAACCCUGAUAAGCUGAUAAUUCAUGAAAGGAGGGAGCAGUACAGAAAAAAGCAAAUGGAAAUGCUGAAGAAAAGCCCUUCAUCCAAAAGAAAGCUGCUUAGAAAUGCUGGAGAACAGCAUGGGGUGUUUGACAGGCAUUGUAGCAAGGGAGACAGUUCAAAGCAGAAUAAUCAGUUUGAUAAAACUGUUGAGGCUUCAUUACCAAACAGUGCUCUCAGAGAGCACGUUUCUGUGGCAGGAGAUGGGUCCCCUGACCUGCAGAAACAGGCUAUUGUAAAUCUGCUGAAGAGCAAUGUAGUUGCAAGCAAGGAACAUCCGUGCAAAGUAACUACAGCCCCCUUCCUGGGGGAAACUGCAUUCAGAUCUGCUCACAAGGAAAAGUAUGCGAAAGUCCAACUCCCAGCUGCUUUCGCAUCAGAUGCUAAUGCAAAGGGAAGUAAUGAGGAAGCAAUACACUUAAUCCAUCGUAAAACCACAGAGCACGAUGAUGCAUCCAUUGUAAGUGAUCAUAAACCAAGCCGUAGCAGGAGUGUUGAAAACAACUCUGAAUUCAUAUACUCGGAUGACUUUGUUGCUAGUCCUGAGAACACAGUUUAUUCAGAAGAUUUCACCAGUGCUGAGUGUACAGGCAGAGACUCGGAAGCUCUUGACAGCAGUCCUGAACCUCUGUGGCUUGAAAGUCCAAAGCAAGGUUGGUCGGAUACAGAGCCAGAAUCCAGCAAGUCCAGAAUUUCAAAGACAAGUCAAAGAGCUGGAAGUACUUCAGAUCUUCUGCCAGUUCCUUCAGCUUCAUCUCCAGUUCAGUCUUUGAAGAGAAACCGUGACCUAAACACCAGCAAGAGAACUAGUGUUGAGUCUGUUGAUUCACUUAACCUUGCUCAAAUGGAGGCAUCAUUAUUAGAUGAAGAGCAAGAAGUCCAAGAGAUCAGUAAGAAAGAGAACAGGAGGGAUCAGCACAUUAAACAAGUAUCUACACAGAGAAGCAAAGUUAGGUCUGAUACUGAUCUGAAUACAGGAAAGGGGCAGACCUCUGCAGGAAAAAGCCAGGCAGUAACUCAAGUUAGCUCCUACUUGCCGUCUAACAUGUCUGAUCUUGAACUUGGUGUCCUGGAAAACAGUAUGUCAGACAAAGAGGAUGAUUUUCUGGGAAAACUACUCAUUCCUAACCAAUACAAAGACAUCAGUGAACUUGUAAUAAACAAACUUCCAGGAUACACAAUGUAAUUAUGUUUUCACUGUGUGGAUUAAGAUACAAUAUUUGAACUUCAUAAGGCCUGUUCCAUUUAGUUGCAAUAUAUGCAUGUUAAUUUAAGACUUUAUAAUGCUCAUUUAAUACAUUGGUGAAUUUACUUAAGUUUUUAAAAUAAACUACUAUUUGAAUCUCUCAUGAGUUACUUCAAUAUCAGUAUUUUAAUGUAAAAGUAAUCCAAACAGCACAAGAAACAUAACUUCUUGUGAAAAGCAGAAAUGAAGACAGAAGCA